UCGUGUGGGCAUGAUGUUCUGCCCAGUCAAGAGAAGGGUGCCAGGGAGCUUGUCACUUCACGGGGCACUCAAUAGCCACGACCCGGAGUUUGUUGAAUUCGUCAGCUCCUGCCUGCGAUGGGAUCCGGAUUGUCGCAUGACGCCAGCACAGGCGCUGGGUCACAGCUGGCUCCGGACCGCGGCCACCAGCACCACCAGAAAUGCCACCACCACUGCUACUCCUGGCAGUGUACAGUGUUUAGGAGCUGCUGUGCGACGCGGGCCCCUCACACGGGGUAACCCCGGGUGGCGGACCGUCAGGUGGCAAUUGUCCGUCCCGGAGUGAGACCUCAUCC